CACCGCGUCAGCUGUUACUUUAAUACUUGUUUUCCUUCUCAACACACCUUAGCGAAAUAAUUUUACUGAAUCACCUAAAUUUAAUUACAUACUCAAAGCCUGAGGAUAAAGUAGUACUAUACUAUUUUUUUUCUAUUUACGAAUUGUUUAAAGAUGCCUGCCGAUCAAAUACAAUAUUCAGAAAGAUAUAGCGAUGACGUCUAUGAAUAUAGACAUGUCAUAUUACCACAAGAUAUUGCUCGUCUGGUUCCUAAAUCUCAUUUGAUGACAGAGACUGAAUGGAGAAACCUUGGUGUACAGCAAAGUCCUGGAUGGCUUCACUUUAUGGUACACAGUCCAGAACCCCAUGUUUUAUUGUUUAGACGACCAAGAACUGAUGUUUCUACCUCAGUUAACAAUUUAGAAUCUACCUCAAACUCAACUGUUAAGGUGUGAUAAGAUUUCGCCUUUAGUUAAUUAUGCUGAUGCUAAUAAAAAAAUCUUGCAUGAUUAUUCUCAGGGAUAUCAUUAUGAUUUAUGUUAUAUUAGUCAAGCUUUAUAGACAGACAAGUAAGGGCAUCAUUUAUAAACCUCAAAGUGCAAACAAUAUUAAUAAUAACUAUAAUUAUACUAUUAAAUAUAAUAAGCAGAGAUUUAUUUUAUAAUAUGGUUUUAAUUUUCUGUUUAGAUUGGUUGUAAUGUAAUAUAAUUAUCAUCAAAAAUGUUUCAGUAAAAAAUGUUAUAAGCGAUAGCCAAAUAUUUAUCAAAAUGUAAAAACUUUAUUACUCUCAGUAAAACUUAGCUAAUAACUGUUAUAUAUUACUUAAUGUGAAAAAAUAAUGGUAGCUAAAAAAAUUAAUAGAACACAUUAAUAUAUCUCAUGUUGCUUGUUUGAUAAUGUUAUAAGAUAUGUAACAAGAAUUUGUAAAGUUAGUUACAAAACAAGUUCCUGGGGGCUUUUGUGUGACACAUAUUGGUAACACAUGACUGAUAAAGUGCUGUAAACAUAGUAGUUCUAAUAAAAUAAUUUAUAAAAUG